AACUUUCAAUAGACGGUGAGGCGUUGCAGCCGACGGUCGACGAAAAAGGUGGAUGAAAAAGGCUGAAUGAAAACAAUAAACGAACAAAUGCGGCAACAUUUAUAGGAUUUAUCAAAACAGAAAUUAAAGACUAGUGUAUUUCAGUAUUACGCAUUCGUCGUGAGUGACGGAGCCCAGUGUUUCGAGUGUGGUAAUUUGGAGACCCGUGCAAAAUGGCUGCCAUGCAGUCGUCCGGCCGACCACGCGAGCGCCUGCUCUAUGCGUUCCGAGGAUGGAUAGCCUUUGUGGCGUUCAUGGACCUGGGAACCGCAUUUCGUAGUUAUAUCGAGCGAAGGAGCUUCCUGGGCGAUCAUAGCGACACGCAGUUCAUCGAGGGGGACUACACCAUAUCCCGUAUCAUUGGCAUGUACUGCCUGCUGAAGGCAAUUGCACUAGUCCACUGCACCCUCUACAUCCAUUACAGACCUGUUGUAAGCAUGGGCGGCUGCUCUUUGGCCCUUACCAUGGUCUUCUAUGCCACUGAGGCCCUCUACUUUCGCUCGAGCACCCUCAACUUUUACGUGAUCUUCCCAUGCGUACUGAAUUCUAUUACACUCUUGGGACUGAUUUACAUACCCAGACGACUGCGCCUAUGGGAGCCCAAUAUGGAUCUGGAUGAUGAGAACUCGCAAUUGCUAAAGCAAAUGACGGGCUACAAGCGAAGGCGCACGAAAAAGCAAUAAUUUAAUGUUGAACAUGGACUUUAUUGAAUACGUUGGAAACCGAUUGGAUUGGGUUUCCUCGAGGAACAGUAUUGAGGAGAAUCGCAUAUUAUCCGAUAUGGACUGCAUUGGUGUGAUAGAAAGGGCAUCAAGGAGAGAUUAAAUUGAAUAGCAAUACUGAAAGCAACGCCAAAUUAGUGAUUUUCUAUGAACUAGGUACGAAAGAGAUAUAUGAUAUACGAUAAUCUCGACAUAAGUCAAUUUCUGACAUAAUCACUUAAACUCAUGUUGUACUUCCUUUUUAUAAAUCUAUAUGACACAAUAGAUUUUUUUUUGCACUUAAAAACGUUGAGAAUGCAUCUAGGAAUUAUAUUCAAAAUUAUCAAAAGACAGCACCCCAGUUUAAAAAUUCAAAUGGAAGUCUUUAAAAUUAUAAAUAACUUUAUGAACAAGUAAUUAUAAUAUUACGUUGGAUUUUUCCAUUAGGCGGGCACUAAUGUGCUUCUAGAAACAAUUAGCAAUUUUUGGAACAUGCUUCCGGCUCCUACAAUUAAGCGAACACAUGGUUACAACAUUUUAUACUAACUUAUCACAUAUGAAUACCAAAAUAUAUACAUCUAAAAACAAUAAUUAGUUUUAUAUAUCAUGUAGUGAAUGUUUUGAAUAAAUAUUUGAAUUUACACCAG